AAGACAUGCAAUACAUACUCUUUCACCCGGAGGUUUGGGAGCAGCUGGUGGACAGAAGCGGUUUGGACAGGGAUGAGGCCAACAUACUGUACUACAUCAUGAUGGAAGAGCUGACACAGCACAAGGAAGCGUCCAUGCCAGGAGACCUAUCGGAGGAGGAAAAGCUCUUUCUCCUCUGUUUCCCCUUGCAGAAGCAUAAGCUGGAAAAGAGUAUCAAAGAACUGCACGCUAUUGCCGACGAAGUGGAUGCAACUCGUAAGAUGCUUGCCAAGACCAGCCUGGUGGCCAGCUCCUCAGGCACAGUCUCCGGCGUCCUAAGCAUCUUGGGUUUGGCCCUGGUGCCUGUGACAGUAGGGGGGAGUCUGAUGCUCUCAGUGGCAGGGCUGGGCCUGGGGGCAGCCGCUGCUGUCACCAACGUGUUGACAAGUGUCUUAGAAAAUAGAAGCAAUAUGGAAGCCAGAGAAAGAGCCAGCAGCCUGGUGCCUCUGCAAACAACGAUUGAGAACAAAGCUUUGGAAGACACAAGGUUGUAUGACAGUGUUGUGUGUGUUGACAGGUGUGUCAGACUCUUCAAGAAGGUCAAGGAACUUCGUGCCUACCAGGUGGCCAAAGCCAACUCCAGCUUCAUGACGAAGGUCUAUACGGCCAUAAGCCAUCUCCCCUUCUGGAGGGCGGGAAGGAUGCAGAGAGCAGCCGAGGCCUCAGUCCUGUCCCUGAGCAAAGGUGUUCGGGUGCUGGGUGCUGUGGGGACUGGCUUGUUCCUUUUGCAAGACGUGCAAGACCUCCUACAGAGCUGGAAGCACCUGGAGGAAGGGGCGAGGGCAGAGACGGCCGAGGAACUGCUGAGCCUCGCCAAGGAGCUGGAGCAGAGGCUGAGGCAGCUCACGCGGCGCUACAGGCGGACCCUCCAGGGGCGGGGCUGUCGGAGGGGCACGUUCCGGAAGCAGGAGGGAAGAACACCACCGGCUCAGCCCCACCUGUGGCUGUUGGAGGGUGGUGGCGAUGGCAAGUUCGUAAAACCCGAGAGCCUUAAAAACGACGAGUUGCAACGGCUGACCCGGGUUCGAGGGGGCUGA